CGGGAGGCGUGUCCGCCGCAGCCCAGGCCGGGGGGCGGUUCGCUGUCCCGCCGCCGCCUCCGCAGGGUGACGGGCGCGGAGCCGCAGCCCCGGGGCCGGCCGGCGUCACGCCGGGGUCACGCCGGUUCCCGCCGCGCCCGCCUUUUCCGCUUCCGCCGCCGGAGCCGCCGCCAUGAUCGGGGACCUGCUGCUCUGCGGGACGCUGCUGGUGAACGCCGGCGCCGUGCUCAACUUCAGGCUGAGGAGGCGAGACACGGAGGGCUUCGGCGAGGAGUCGAGGGAACCUACGACCGGUGACAAUAUCAGAGAGUUCUUGCUGAGUCUCAGAUAUUUUCGAAUCUUCAUUGCCUUGUGGAAUGUCUUCAUGAUGUUCUGCAUGAUUGUGUUAUUUGGAUCUUGAAAGCCAUCCAGAAAUACGCCUGUUGACGUGGAAGAGACUUUUGGCUGGGAACACAACUUUUCUAUAACGUAAAAGAUAAUAACGCUUUCAAAAUACAGCCUGUUUUUCAGUACAAAUUGUUAACGUGCUCAAGGGACAAGACACACUCAUCCUCUUCAGCCAGUUGUGUCGGAAUGUGUACACCCUGGUGCACUUGCUGCUGGGGGGAGCUUGAGCCUUUAGGCCUUUUGAGCCAGAAUCUUACAAGAGAAAUAAUUUCAGCUUUCCUGAAAUAAAGAGGAAACUCACCAUUGUUUUGCCAGGCUCAGAGCGUGGUGCCUGGUGUGCAGGGCAGAACUGGAGUGAAGACCACAGGUUUUAAAGUAGGUGUUUAGUCACUGCCAGCUCCUGCUGUGUCUGCUAAUGUCACCGUUGUGUGGGGUACUUGGAAGCUGCAGCUCUUGAUUCUCAUGUUUAUAAAGCAAAGCAUUGGUUUAAGUCCUCCUUGUUCCAUUUGGCUUUGUUGGAGAAACAGAAAGAGGAGGAUUUAAAAAAAUGAGAUUCUCACCUUCACAGUUUUUCCAACAAAAUGCUUUUAAAAUUCAGAGGAUUUUUUUCCUAAGCAAUAUGCGGGAGGUUUCGAAUAGGGAGCAAAGCAAAAAGAAUUCUACAAGCCCAUCAGAGGAGGAGCUGUGGAAUAAUCUUGGAUUUGGUUGAAUAAAGUUGUUCUAUUUAAGGGUAAAAUGUA